AUGGAUGAGGCGCCUGCAGGAUCCUCAUUUGCACCGAGGAGUCGGAUGUCUCGGGCGUCUUCCUCUCGUGGGUUUAGUCGAGAGGAGGAUGAGGAAGAGGAAGUACAUGAGAAGGUGGAGGUACCCGAGGUUCACCCUGAGCACGACGAUGAUGGCCAGGACGAUGCUCCAAAUGCACUAGAUAAUGGCUACCCGGGUGGGCCUUCAGACACGUCUGUCUUGAUAUACUAUCAUAACCAUGCCGCUCGACAUAUUUGGGACGGCGAGACUGAACGAACACCCAUAAAAUCCGUGAACCAUUCGCGGAAAUUUUUUAAUCUGUUUAAACCACAGGCUCAAUGGUUUAAUGAUGUUGUAGCUGGAUUCGGGCUUGGUGUCACAUCCUAUCAUGACACCCAUGCUCCGGGAUGUCCACCUAGGUCAGCGCACGAGGAGCUCUUGGAGAACCAGCGGGCUGAGGAUGACCAUGCCACUGAUCUCAUGUCAAUAUGCCAGUGGAUAUAG